ACAUUUUCCACCAUUUUCCAUUCAUUCAGUAAAUUGCAGACUUGCAUAGUUUGGUGUAGGGUUAAUUUAAUUUAAAUUCCUAGUAGUCGCCGGCGGGCAUAUUCAAUUCCACAUACUCUGCUGACGAGGGUCGACCAGUAUUAAAAUGAGCCAAGUACUAAAAAAAUUAACAGUCCAAGUGCUGAAAAAUAAACAUGUGGAUAUUAUCGGAGGCUCGGCUGUCAGAGCUGGCAGUACUUGGUGGAGCAAUGUGGAAAUGGGACCACCCGAUGUCAUUCUAGGCAUUACUGAAGCAUACAAAAGGGAUACUAACCCAAAUAAAGUAAACUUAGGUGUAGGAGCCUACAGAGAUGAUGAGGGGAAACCUUUUGUAUUGCCUUCAGUAAGAAAGGCAGAGGAAAUCAUCUACAACAAAUGCCUGAAUCAUGAAUAUGCACCGAUCGGCGGAGAGGCAGGCUUUACAGAUGCCGUUGCUAAACUUGCAUUCGGCGAAGACUCUCCUAUUUUCCAAGACAAAUCAAACUGCACAGUACAAACUCUAUCCGGUACAGGCGCUCUACGCCUCGGCUUUGAGUUCAUAAUGAAGCAUUACGCCAAAAACAAGGAGGUAUGGAUGCCGAACCCGACGUGGGGCAACCACCCGCAGAUCUGCAACACCCUCAACAUCCCGCACAAGAAGUACCGCUAUUACGAUGCUAAGACGCACGGCUUCGAUCUUAAUGGAGCCCUCGAAGAUAUUUGCAGAAUUCCCGAAGGAUCUAUAAUCUUGCUGCACGCGUGCGCACACAACCCCACCGGCGUCGACCCGCGACCAGCUGACUGGGAACAGCUCUCCCAGGCUAUAAAGCAGCGGAACCUGUUCCCGUUCUUCGACAUGGCGUACCAGGGCUUCGCCACCGGCAGCGUGGACAACGACGCCUUCGCUGUCAGGCUGUUCGUUAAAGACGGACACCAGGUCACGCUGGCGCAGAGCUUCGCUAAAAAUAUGGGGCUGUACGGCGAGCGCGCGGGCGCGCUGACGCUGCUGUGCGGGGACGCGGAGUCCGCCGCCAAGGUGAUGUCGCAGGUGAAGAUCAUGAUCCGCACCAUGUACUCCAACCCGCCGCUGCACGGCGCCCGCAUCGUGCAGGAGAUACUCAACAACCCACAACUCAAGGAAAUAUGGUUGUGCGACGUGAAGCUGAUGGCGGACCGCAUCAUCAGCAUGCGGCAGCAGCUGCGCCAGGGCAUCGAGAAGGCGGGCAACCCUCACCGCUGGGAACACAUCACCGACCAGAUCGGCAUGUUCUGCUACACCGGACUCAAACCUGACCAGGUGGCGCGCCUUACUAAAGAUUUCCACAUCUACCUGACGAAGGACGGCCGCAUCUCUGUGGCGGGCGUGUCCUCCAACAACGUGCAGUACGUCGCCGACGCCAUACACAGCGUCACCGCCUAGCGACACUGCACUGCUCUAACGACUACUUUUAUAUUUCAUUUGCAACCAUUUAUAUUUUAUUUAUACACACGUAUGCCUUUUAGUGUUUAUUUAAUAAAUACUAAAUUAUA